GCCACGUGAUGUGGGGCGGCCGUGUUUCUCCCCUGCGAUGAAGGAGGAAAAACGCAUCCAAUGUGUCCCAGGAAACUGUGACGACCGGGUUACAUUUAGUGGUGAGCCUGCUCCCUCGCACAUCAGACUUGGGCUGAUCGUAGUAUGCUCAAGCAGGCCGGGCUCUUGGGAACGUUUAGCGUGCUCUCACUCGGCUCACUGUGCUCCGUCUGGAUGGCUGGAUUCAUCACGUUCUUCCUCUACGUUAUCACAGGGGGAUGGAGAUUCCUCCGGAUAGUCUUCUACACGGCACCCCGUGACUUGACGGGCCUGAUUCGCAUCACUAAGACGAGCUUAUACUUCAAAUCAUGCCUCAAGGCCAAUCGGACGGUGCCUAUGGUGUUUCAGUCUGUGGUCAACAAGAACAUGGACAAGGUGUGCUUCAUCAUGGAGCACAACCGAUGGACAUUCAAGCAGGUGGAUGACUUCACGAACCGGGUGGCUAACUGCUUUCUGCAGCAGGGACUGAGGCCAGGCGAUGAAGUGGCAGUGUUUAUGGACUCUCGGCCCGAGUUUGUCAUGCUUUGGCUAGGCAUGUCCAAAGUGGGCAUUGUGGCUGCCUUGGUCAACACCAACCUCAAGUCUGAUCCACUGCUGCACUCCCUCACCUGCAUCAAUGCCAAGGCCAUUGUCUUUGGCAAGGAACAGGCCAAUGCCAUGAAGGAUGUGGCCCCUUCCCUCAUGGAGAAGGGCGAUUAUCAGUACUAUGUGUACGGAGCCUGUGACACUCAGCCUCUGCCAGCAGUUGAUCUGGAAGAACUCAUCAAGAACAGCUCAUCAGUUCCCGCAGACAUUGACUACAAAGGCAGCAUUCAUGAUAAGCUUGUGUACAUUUACACAUCUGGAACCACUGGUCUUCCCAAGGCUGCUAUCAUCAAGCACAGCAGGUAUCUGUCAAUGGUGUCCGCUUCGAAGUACAUGAUGCCCAUCAAGUCCGACGACAUCCUGUACACUGCCCUGCCACUGUACCACACGGCAGGCGGUAUCCUUGCUGUGGGGCAGGCUCUUCUUUUUGGAAACACAGUUGCCAUCCGAUCCAAGUUCUCUGCUUCCCGCUUCUGGGAUGACUGCAUCAAAUACGACUGCACUGUGACACAGUACAUUGGUGAGAUCUGCCGUUACCUGCUGGCUCAGCCGGUGCGUCCACAAGAACGGCAACACAAGAUUCGCAUGAUGUUUGGAAACGGCCUACGACCCCAAAUCUGGAGUCAGUUCCAGGAGCGCUUUGGCAUCAGGGACAUUCGUGAGCUCUAUGGAUCCACAGAGGGAAAUGCACAUGUCUUGAACAUUGACAACAAGGUAGGAUCCGUCGGCUUUGUGUCUCGGAUUGCUAGCAACGUCCAUCCUGUCAAGCUGAUUCGAGUUGACGAAGCCACUGGUGAGCCACUCAGGGACAAGAAUGGGCUCUGCAUCCCAUGCGAACCUGACGAAGUUGGCGAACUUGUGGGACGCAUUGUGCGUGAUGACCACAUUCACUCCUUUGAUGGCUAUGCAAACAAGGCAGCCACCAGUAAGAAGGUCUACAAGGAUGUCUUCAAGAAAGGAGACUUGGCCUUUGCAUCGGGAGACUUGCUUGUCAUGGAUGAGUUUGGCUACUUGUUCUUCAAGGACAGGACGGGUGACACCUUCCGCUGGAAGGGAGAAAAUGUGUCUACAUCGGAGGUGGAAGGAGUUGUUGCAAGGAUAGCAGGCCUAACAGACUGUGCUAUUUAUGGAGUCGAGAUUCCAGGGUCUGAAGGCAAGGCUGGUAUGGCUGCAAUCUGUGAUCCGGAAGGCAAGCUUGACCUCAAGACUUUCUUGCGGGAUGUACGAAAUGCCCUCCCUGCUUACGCAAUACCUCUCUUUAUUCGUGUGGUGAAGGAUCUGGAAGCAACAGGUACCUACAAGAUCAAGAAAGUGGACCUCCAGAAGCAGCAGUAUGACAUUGACAUGAUCGAUGACCCAAUGUAUUUCCUUGACCUGACAGCUAACGAGUACGUGCCUCUCACCAGGGAAGUCUAUGACAAGAUUCAGAAAGGCGAGGCAAGGGUCUGAAAGCUGCAGUCAAUGCUACCCUGCCCCCUUUGAGGACCAAUGAAAUUCUCAGCUUCAUACACAUUAUAUGUGCAUGCGAAGAGCCUGGAGAAGCAGCUGUGCAACUAAGUCCUUUUGGCUUCUGCCAUAGUCAUGGCCUUUCCAUGACACUGGUGUUGCCCACACUGUUUUUCAUCUGCGACUGCCUUGUCUUUCUGUGCUACUGGAUCUGUGACGGUUGGCCCAUUUGGGUCAUGUGACACGUUGAAGAGGAGCAGCACAAAAAUAAAAAAUAAAAAUCACAAGGAAAUGAGACAAGUUUUGCAGAAAUAAUAGUACCUGUUGAUGUUGCUGCUUUUAAAAUUGUUUGCUCUGAAGCCAAUUAGCCUGCCAUCUUGUGACAGAGCACAGUUAAAAUUGAUGCUGGGAUACUGUGGAAAGAAGAGGGCAGGGCCACUUGUUUAGGAGGAUUGCAGCUGUCUUUUUGCAUGUCUUUUUUUUUGUUCACAUUAUUUGUAAACUGUUUUUCAUAACAUGCCAUGUGAUAGAAUGUUGUCACAGUGUCGAAAUGCUGCUCACAGUUUGCAGACACAUUGCAUAGAGAAGGAAGGCGGUGCCAUUUCUGCUCCUUAAGUAUUAUGAAAAAUCUGCAGUUAAUGCUCUUACGCUGCUAGUGCAGAAGCAAGACAUGCUUACUUGUGAAGUAGUGCGUGUUGUCCCCGCUUCUUGUUGCUCCCACAUUCCAUUACAACAGUGAUGCUUUUGUGAUGAGGCUGUCUUGUUGUCUUGCCAGUGCUGCUUUGAGAUUAUGACAGGCUACUUUGUGUACUACAAGCCCUUCUGUAGUGUUGCAUGACAAGCGUAGAUGCAGCCUUACGUUUGGAUGCCUACAAAUGUGCCCAGUGUGUUCGUUGCUGCGGUUAUAGGCCUAUUCUCUGGUAGCAGGCUCCGAAUGCAAUGUAGACAAACAAGUUUUAUCUGUUCUGAAGGAAGCAUCACAAGUGUUUAGCUAUGGAAAUGACAAAUAGUCUGUUCUAAUUUAAAGUGAGCAAAUUACAAGUGGAUUAGUAUUGCAUCACGUUAGGCACUAACAUAUCAUAACAAAGUAACCCACUGAGGUGCUGGGCUAUUGAUUUUAUCAACCGCGUGUGGUAGUAGCACAUCAUUAGCCUCGCACCUCCCUUGUUGUAUGUUGCAAGACAAGAAGAACUUCCAUGAGCACUUCCACACUUUGCCAUGUGCUGCAGACUGAGGUGCAGAUGUUACUAUAAAAGGCGCCCAGUGCAUCAUUAUAUGAGAGCACAGUUGUUCAUGAGGCAUUUAAGACCUGCUGUUGGUCGUCGCAGAAUUUUAUUUUGUUAUGUGCAAAGACAAACUGUUGGUGCAGUGUGCUGGAAAAAAAAAAUGCAUUUGCUAUUACGAGAGCACUCUUUAUCGCUGUUGCCUGCAGUUUGGUGAGAAAGGCAGUUUUGCCAUUUACAUUUUUUUACAAUAAAAAAAAGGGAGCAAGUUGAGUGUUGUUUCUUGCUAAGCAAGGGGUUUUCUGUGUUGAUAUUGUACAUAUAGUGCUGAAAGAGAGAGAAAGUUUUUUUUGUUAGGCUGCUGUGAUAAAAACCACCAGACCAGCUGAAGCCAUCCUGUUGUAAUCAAACCUCUGUACUUAGCAAAAAUAAAACUAUUACAGAUACCA